AUGAUGUCUCAAGCUGAAGCUGGACUAAGCCAACAAAUCAAAAACCUCCUGGCGUUUGCUGGAGGGAGCGGCACUCCAUCUGAUGCGAUUUUCAUUGCCGUCAUGGGGGUCACUGGUGCGGGGAAAAGCACCCUUAUAUCCCAAUGUACCGGCCAGAAUGUUGAUGUUGGUCACGACCUAGUAUCAUGUACAUCUGAGAUCGGUGUGUUCGAUUUCGAACUUGGCGGCCGAACGGUCUACUUAAUUGAUACCCCUGGCAAUUUCACCGAGCGCCCUGAUUUUGUCAUUCUCCAAAGUAUCUCCGCCUAUCUUAGCGCCUCGUACGCACGUCAUAUCUACAUUCACGGGGUUAUCUUUUUACAUCGCAUCACAGAGAACAGAGUGACUGGCUCUGCACGCCGCAACAUCGAGUUGAUGAAAGCAAUUUGUGGAUCCGGCUUCUUCCCAUACGUUGCCCUCGCCACCACGCAUUGGAUGACUGGUGGUGCCGCUUUGUUCCGUCAAGAUGAUGGCGCAGCAUCUGCAUGUCAAAUUGUUGAAUAUCUGAUCAACAAGAACAAGCAGCUUGGAGAAACUCCGGCCCUUGCAAUCCAACGUGAGCUCGUCGACAUGAACAAGCGACUGGAUGAUACGACAGCUGGGAAAGUUGUGCUCGAUGUAGCAGCUCGCAAAUAUGCUGCGGCCAAAGAAGAGAUUGCCGCACUUAAACUUGCUAUCAAAGAAUCCGAUGAUGAAACAUCGAAGGUAUUACAUGAGAUGAAAGAGGAAAACGAAAAGAUCAUGAGAGAGCUCGAGAAGACGGAGAACCAAAUGGCUAUACGCGCGCAGGAGAUAACACGGAAGGAGCAAGAGUUAAUAAUCCAGAAACUACAUGAUGCACACAUGCAGUCAAAGGCUCAACUAGAAGCUCAUGAACGCGAACUGUCGCAACUCAAAGAGGAAAAGCGACAAUUACAGAGGAAGGCUUCGGCUGAAUCUAAACGCCGACUCUCCAAUAAAACUCCCUAUCAUGAACCUCCACCGAGGUACGAAGAGGCAGCGAAGAAAAUGGAGGCUCAAGUAGUGGAGAAACAAGCCGAAGUGGCUGUUGCUAAACAAAGGAGUUUGAAGGAAGACAUUGCAAUCGCUGCUAUUCCGGCUGCACUCGCUGCUGGUAAGUCGUAA